AUUCUGCCCAAUACGCCAACCUUGAUGGAACGACUGUCCAAUCCCCUCUUGAAUUUCAAUUUAGUUACCUACUAACCUCAGCUCAACAUUAUGAAUGACUAUUUUCCCGAUUCCGUUGGUUUUCAGACUGUCGCAUAUACUGCAGUUGCAUCUAUAGCAGUUUUACUUUUUGACUUCAUCAUCACUUUUGACUCAGAGGUUCGUUGGACAUGGGGAAGAGAGUGGGGGAUCACGAGGAUAAUCUUCAUCGUUUCUCGUUAUCUGCCAUUCGUUGGCCUUGCUAUGACCGUAUACUACUCGGUCGGGUCCACUCAUGGAGGAAUUCCUAAUCAUGGAACAUCCACUGAUGUAUAUGAUGGCGUCCGUUGGCUGGGUAUAGCUGCUUCUGAGCUCCUGCUUGUGUUAAGGACAUAUGUGGUUUGGGGAUGCGACAAGAGGUUCUUGAUUUUGACAUUGACAUUUACCACGGUUGUCUCAGUAGUGGUACUGGUAAUCUCAGAUGUUAGUGCAAGUGAAUCCGGAGAUUCGACUGGCGUAUUUGAGGGAGGACGUAACUCUAGCAUUGUUUAUGGUCUGUUGAUGUUGGUUGAACUGGUGCUAAUGGCGCUGACACUGUACAAACGCUGCAAAUCUUUCCGGUUGGAAGGCAGUCCGUUGGUGAUUACUUUGUAUCGGGAUGGCGUAGUUUAUAUAUUAUGUAUUACUUUGGUCUCGAUGGCAAAUUGCAUUUCCAUCAUUUUACUACCUCCAUCCUACACUGGGCUUCUUGCUGGCCCACAGCUAGUCACGCAUAGCGUUCUCGCCUCACGCAUCCUGUUCAAUUUACGAGCAAUGUCCGACUUGCAGAAUACUGUGGCAGACGAGCUGACUAGCUUGGGAGUAGUUUCUCAACCCAUAGCGUUUCAAACCCCACCUUGCACGGAUCAUACAGAGCUGUGCGAUUUUACAAACUGCUAGUCCGAUGUCUACACCAUCUUAUUAUCGAUAAUCCUAUGCCCUUGUAAGGGCAUUAAUGUAGUCAAAUCAAUAGUUCGUCC